AUGCAGGCGUUCGUGACAGGCCUACGGCCUUCCAGGUUCUUUUGGUUUCUCGUGGAGCGGCCCCCCGUCGCGGUCCCCGAGAUGCUUCAGCGCGCUAGCCAGUUCAUCGCCGCAGAGACAUGGAUGGCUAGGAAGUGGGAGGAGCACAAAAAGGUCAAGUCGGAGCCGCCCCGGCAGCAGCAUCCCGUCGCAUCCCGGCGUAAGCUGGACAGAUCCGACACAAGGCCUCCCCUCCUCGCAUUGAAUUCGUCCCGAACAGAAAUAUUUCUCCAUGAGAAGGGGAAGGGGCUAAUCAAGGAGCCUCACCCGAUGAGGAACCCGCGAGAGCUUGCGGACCGUUUAAAAUAUUGCCGCUUCCAUCGGCAAAUUGAGGAGCUCAUUCACAGAGGGCAUCUCGGCCAAUACCUCCGGCUGGACAGACAGCUAUCACCACGCCCGGAAGGCCCCAUCGAGCGACACAUCGACGUGAUAGCUGGCGGUCCCGCAUCAGGGGGGGGCUCCAUGUCGGGAAGAAAGGCGUACGCCCGAGCCGCCUCGGACGAAGCCCCCGGACACGGGCCCGAGCCCGAGAUUACAUUCCCGACCGGAGUAUCUGAGCAACCCGAGCACGACGACGCUCUCGUGAUAUCGGCCAGGGUAGCCAACGCGCAGGUGAGAAGGAUCAUAGUCGACACUGGGAGCUCGGCCGACAUACUUUACUUCGACGCCUUCCAGAAGCUCGGCCUGGCUAGAGAGAAUAUGAAGCCGAUGUGCUCAGCGCUCACCGGAUUCACGGGAGACUCAAUAUCACCACUAGGUGCUAUCACCCUCCCCUUAACCUUAGAGGUCCCGCCAAGGUCGAAGACGGUAAUGACCACUUUUCUGGUGGUCGACCUUCCCACUACUUAUAACGCCAUACUCGGUCGGCCGAACCUCAACAAGGUCAGAGCCGUCGUCUCGACCUACUACCAAACCAUCAAGUUCCCGACUCACGCUGGGGUCGGGGAGGUUACAGGAAGCCCCCGAGAAUCCAGGCGGUGCUACCUGACCGUCGUUUCGUUGCACAAGAGGGCCAGGAUCGAGCCACCACUGGAAGACCCGCGGGAAACAAAAAAACCGGCCCCUCACCCCGAGCCGAGGGGAUCCACCAUUGACAUAACACUGCGAGAAGCUCGGCCAGACCAGACGGUCAAGGUCGGUUCAGAACUGCUCGAGCGGGAACGGGAGCAACUCGUCGGCCUCCUACGGGAAAACGCCGACAUCUUCGCUUGGUCCCCAUCUGACAUGACGGGCGUCGACCCAGGAGUCGCAUAG